AACCACUCGAACCUUAUCGUUUAUUUUCAUAACUACCAAUCGAUUAGUCUCUUUAAAUGAAACAUUUAAACUUAAAUGUGUAUUUAUUUAAAUAAUUGCAACGGAACUUAGUCAAAAUGUGACUAGAUAUGUUACUGUAGGACUUACAGAGGCUGAAAUAGGAUUUUUAUCAGCAAUAAGUAAGAAACCGUAGAAGAAACAAUUUAAUUUGGAAUCAAAGACUUGCCGACGGCUGAUUUCCGACGAUGAAAACGUCAGCAACAGUUAUUGUGACGCCGGGAAAACCAUUUAGUGCUCCAGCCUUAAAAUCCCGUCAUAGUUUAAAAUCCGUCGGAAUAAGUAAAACUCACCGACACCCAUGGGAGAAUCGCAAGGCCCUCAGUGAAGAAUAUGAAACAGAACAGUCUGGAAGGGAAGGAUGGUGGCGGACAUACAUCCGGGAAACGCCAGUCCCUGGAGCCUAUGAACUUGAGUCCCAGCACUGGUUGUAUGACUUGGAACGGAGGCCAAAUACGUACAGGUUUAAAUCCGAUGGUCGGAAGAUGGACCCACACCCGCAUGGGAAAGGGGCUGUGCUAUUACCCGGUGCCUACGAGUCACAAGACUUUUUACAAAAGUUUGAGAAGGAUCCAGCGACGUAUGGAUUUAAAACAGGCCAGAGAGACAAAUUUGAUGUCCUAAAUUUCGGACGCAAAGAUAAGGACGUAAACGUAUCUCCAAGUGCAUAUGGUGUAGAAAAAUAUUUAACCCUAACAAUAGAAAAACAACCGUCAAAACAUAGUAUGUUUAAGUCGCAGGCAAAACGAUUUCCAACAAUACAGUUCAAACCGCGAGAGGGUCCAGCUCCCGGCAAUUACGAAUCUCAACAGAUUGGACCAUACAAAAGAGCCAUUUCGUCAAGUUUUAAAUCGAAGACGCCACGAUUCUCCAGUUCACAUACGAGAGUACCCGGACCAGGAAGCUAUGAGAAGACUUUUCAGAACCCACAGACUGGUGUCCUACAAAAGAUGGGACGACAACACGGUCUUUUCUUUUCAAGUGCAUUUCAGGUCUGAUCCUGGACAUUCGAUCACACUUUUGAUACGUUUUAAAGUUAUUGAGCAACCUUUAAAAACACGGAUACGUUAAAUGAAUAUUGUAGAUGUAUUUCAACAAAUGUUGUGUCAAAAUAUUCUUGAUUAAUGAUACGCCCAACACUUUAAGACUGUGUUCAGAAUAUUUGUUAAAUAACGUAAAUUGACAGAAAGCAACCAAUACUUCAAUAAGCAGACAUUGUAAAUAUAUAUAUAUAAUUUCACGUGGGAACUGAUUCAAAAGAACAUAGUAAGACUUGUGUCAUUUAAACUUUAAGUCAUUGUUAAACACUUUUACGACUGGGUCCUUUAAGGUCUUACAUUGAUGGUAUUUUUGACUGUUUCUUAAAUUUCUAGAAUAAUUAAGACAAAUAUCAGAAGUAAGUGAUCUCCCGUGUAGCCAUUUCAAAACACUCUGAUCUGAUAUUUAAAGAGACGUACGUUCUUAAUUAAUGAUAACUUUUAUCAACAGUUAUCUACUCGUGACAGAACUCUUUUACCAGAAUCCUUAUUUGUAUGUGCAUGCGUUGCUUCUGAAAUGUGUUUGAAAAGUCAAGAUAGAGCAAGAUCGGUAAAAGCUCAUUACCCAUAGCCUGUAUUUUUUCAUAUCUACCUUGAUAAAAGUGUAAUCAAAACUUUUAAGACUUUUUCCAACUGUUUCUCAGCUUCAGAUGUUGCAUAUUCUUGAUUAUGCAUUGUGAUAUAUUGUACUUCCAGUAUUCAGCAUAAUUCUGUGAUAUAUCUGCAAAUUUUGCACGUUUUACGGUCCGAUUUUGUUGUUCCUGUUUUAUAUAUUGUCCAUACCUGUAUUUGCUCCAUGUUUUUAAAGAUGUGAAUCCUCAUUUUCAAGGGAUUUUCGUGCAGAAUAGAGAGAGGUAAUUCUAAUAGAUUUGAAAUUUGUAUUGAUAAUAAAAACAAACACAAUGAUCUUUUCCCCAAUAAAUUUAUGGUCUCUUUCAAUUAUCAAUGAUUUAGUGGUCUCUUUAAAAGUAUUCUCGUUUUAUUAUCCUUAUCAGUAUUAUUGAUUCUAUACAGAUUUUAUGAUGUUGUGAAAUAAAUACCAACAUAAAAUA